GUGAGGUUAUGAAUUUGUUUAUUUUUGAUUUUAAACAUUUUUUUAGAAAAAUGUGGGGAACUACUUCUGAAAAAAGAAGAAAAUAUAUUUGUGUUAAUUGUGGUACUCCUAUCAAGAGUUUAUAUAAAAAAUACAGCGCCACUGUAUUAAAAUUAAGAGAAUGUGAAUUUUGCCAUAAUGUUGCUGAUAAAUACUUAGAAUAUGAUAUUGUUAUAAUUGCUAUUGAUUUAGUACUUCUUCAAAGAACUGCAUACCGGCAUAUCCUUUUCAAUCUAGAAUUUAAGAAUUUUUGGAAAUUGUCGGUUAUCCUUUUAUUGAUGGAAGCAUACUCAGAAUUAAUGAGGAAUUCUCCACAACGGGCGGUAAAAAAUGACGAAGAAGAAAAACUCUUUUUGAACGAAUUUAAUGAAAUGACUGAUUUUUUGUUUUACAAGCUUAGUUUCAGUGUUGCGUUAAAAACUGCAACUUUCAUGUCAGUAUUACACUUUCUAACAAAAAUUUACUGCAAAGUAUUAGGCAAAAAUGUAAUAACGUUUAUGAUGAUGUGGAAGACUUUGACUAUUUCAAGUUUUGGAACAUUCUUACUCUUACCAUCUCUGAUUUGGGACACUAGUGUUCAAGAAGUACAUCUUGCUGUUGUCUCUCUAUUUACAACAAUGUCCCAAUUAUUGGCAUACACAGUUGUGUGCAACUGUCCAAAGCUCUGGAGUAUUACUGCAAUAUUCUGUGCUUACUAUUGUAAAGUAUUUUGUUUUGAUAUUUUCCAAAUGAUUGUUACGAGACUGACUUAAAUAAAUUUUGAUCAAGCGUUUA